ACAAGCGGGAGGGGAGCCGAGCACAAGUCCCGAAGGAGCGUCGGGCAAAAAAGCACUCUUUUUACCGGCUUUCAUCGGCCUUCUUCACUCUUUGUGGUUCCCCGAGCUGACAGACAGUUCUCGGUGGGAAAUUGCCGGCAGAGUGAGAGCCGCCGUGUUGCUGGCUGAGGAAAGCCGCGGACAAAGGGAGGCAGGCUGGACUACAACUGACUUGGCAAGAGAAGCACCACUGUCGGAAGAAAAACGAAGAGUCGGAAGUGAUUUUUUUCCCCACAGAAAAAUGUGAAUCGAAGCCUUUUGAUGGAAAAACAGUAACAGUUAGGGGGGAGACCAGUUUUUUCUUCAGUGAAAAGACGUUCAGCAUUCAGCUUUCAUUUAAGAUCCAAGCAGCAUGGGGGAGCAGCCCAUCUUCAGUGCCCGAGCUCAUGUUUUCCAGAUUGACCCGGCUACCAAACGCAACUGGCUGCCGGCCAGCAAACAUGCCGUCACUGUGUCCUUCUUCUACGACGCCAACCGCAGCGUCUACCGCAUCAUCAGCGUGGGCGGGACUAAAGCUAUCAUCAACAGCACCAUCACCCCUAACAUGACCUUCACCAAAACCUCCCAGAAGUUUGGCCAGUGGGCUGACAGUCGGGCCAACACGGUUUACGGCCUCGGCUUCUCUACAGAGCAGCAGCUGCAGCAGUUUGCUGAGCAGUUUAAGGAGGUGAAGGAGGCGGCUCGUCUGGCCAGAGAAAAAUCCCAGGAGAGGUACGAGCUGGCCAACCCCGCUCUCAACAUCGCUGCCCCACAGGAACUGUCCGAGGAGCGUCAUUCACCACCACUGCUGACAGUCAAUGGGCCAGGAGAAGAAAAGCUGUUUCGCAGUAAAAGUGCAGAAGUGGAGCUUACAGUGGAGAAGGAGAGGGUCAAAAAGAUGCUGUCUGAAGGGUCCAUGUGUGAAAUCAACCUGGAGGCAGAGCUCUUCACCCUACAAGACAGUAAUGCCAAGCUGGUAGCGGCACUGCAAGAAGCCAACAGCAGCGUGGAACAGUGGAAGCAGCAGUUGGCUGAGUACCAGGAUGAGACGGAUCGCCUUAGAGAGCAGGUGGCGGAGUUGGAGGCACAGCUUGGCCAUCCCGCUGCUGAUAAAGAGGAACUGAGCCGCUCACUGGAGGAGCUAGAAGCCCUGCUGAGCGCCAAGGACCAGGAGAUUCACAGUCUACAAAGCAAGAAAACCGACGUGGGAGAGCUGGAGAGGGAGAGGGAAGAGGCUAUUGAGAGACUCCAGGACCUUGAGAGGCGAAACACAGAGCUGGAAGGUCAAGUUCAGAACGCUGAAAAGACACUGGCCUCCAGCAGGGACGAGCGGGAGAAGGCGGAGGUCGAGGUCCAACACAUCCUCGAGGCCCUCGAUGUCAAAAUUUGCGACCUGAAUGACCUGAGACAAAGUCUGGCCAAUCUGAUCGAUAAGUAGUCCCGAUUGCAGGCGGGCUGCAUCUCCACAGUCGAGGCGUGGUCACAUUCAUCUGUCUUCACCGGCAGAACCUUGAAGGUGCAUUGCAUAGAAUAAAACAAGUGAUCUCUAUAUUCUUACAUAUACAGUACAUGGCGCAACGUUCAAUUACCUUCAACAAUAUGAUCUGAUUUGUAACUUAGGCUGCGUUCACGCUUUUGGUUUGGUUUGGUUUGGUACUCUGGUCCGGAGAAUCUGAAUUGAAAAAAGGUCCUCGGUGUGCACUUUGGUACAGUUUGCUCAGCAGUCACAUUGGUAGUUUUGUCAUGGGACCAAAGGCUGCACAUUAGGGGUGGUCCAUACUGCAAAUUUUGGUGUCACCCUGACACCAACUAAAUACAGGGAGAGUGUUUUUGGUGCCGUACAUUUUAUUUGAAAUAUUUCAAGCUCAUUGAAUGAGUUUGUGAUUUUGCCUUUAAUUUACUGAUCAUGAUGAUCAUAAUAUAUAACAGAAUAAAACACAGUUGACAGACAAUUUAGGCACACAAAAAUGCCAACAAACUUGACUUGCAAACAGUUUAACAAGUACAGGUACAGGUAACAAGUAACAGUAAUCCCUCGCUACUUGGCGCUCUAAAUUUUGCGGCUUCACUCUAUCAUGUUUUUUUGGAAAAUGUAUUAAUUCAUAUAUCAUGCUGUUUUGUAGUUAUGUGCGGCCUAUUUUCCGUGAAAAAAUAUCCAUAUUUAACCAAAUUGUACAUAUGCUUUGCCUAAAUUAAGCAAUUUCAAGCAUACAAAUGUCUGAAUAACUCAAAUAUAAAUAUAAGGCAUUCAAAGAUGCUGCGAUGAUAUGUACUUUUCUACAGUGGUCACUAGGUGUCAGCAAUGUUACUGUAAUAUUUGGUGAGACACACAAGCACCAGACUUGAUCACAGGAACAACAGACGUUUAUUGUAGGUUUGAAUGAUCUCACGACAGGCACAAAAGUCCAUAACAAUAUUGCGACCGUAAUAUACUGCAAGGUAAAACUCAACUCUGAACCCUCGACAUCACUUCUUGCCCUCCCCCACUCAGCUACCCGAGCACUGGAACACAUUUACAGCAACACACACGAGCAUGAGUCUUAUUUAUGUCUUAAAUGGCUUAUUGACUCUUAUUAUGUCUACUGUGUUGGGCAAUAUGAGUGUAAAGGUGACUAUAGGGUUGUUAGUUCAUGUUUAGAGGGCUCUAGUAACCAUUGGGGUCUAAUAGUCAUCGUUUCUGAAAAACGGCUGUCGAAACAAAAACGUCAAGCCAGCAUUUUCAGGUUUUCCCACUCUGGAAGCCGUUUUCAAAAAUAAGCUGUUCCAGGUCACCCAGAUGCCGUUCCCGUGUGGAUGAGAGGCUGAAACGAUAAAAUACUUUGACCUGAAAACUUUUCCGUGUGCAUAGCAACCUCAGUCUGUCAUAAGCGAUUUUUCUUAAAGAAGUUUCUUUCACCAUUUCCGGUAAUAGUUUACUUAAAUAUACUUACAUUAAUGAAAUUCUUUGGAUGAUGAUGCACAUGUGCCUUUGGCACUAAAUAAUCAAUACCAAGUCAUUCACCAAGAAGAGAAGUUAACAAAAGCAGACAGGUUUUAUGAAUAAUAGCAUCAGAGUUCUGAGUCAUUUUAGAAUCAUCCUCUCCCGGACUGUGGAAAUGCACCCCACUGGAGUUGGGUCAAAGGAGGGGAAAAAGCCUGACAGAACCUCUUCAGACCCACAUGUAUUUUUCCCUCUGCUUUAUUUGGACUACUCUCCUCUCCCCUUAGUCUGUUAUUCAUGGCGAUCGAUGAAGAAGCGGCAGCAAAGAUGCUGCUGAAUUCCAGCAGCGGGGUGCCAGCUUUAUCCCCUCCCUCUCCGGCCUCCAUCCUGGUCUCCUCCCUUUCAUGUUUGUGCCAAGUUUGAUUUUGUUUACAUUUGUUAAGUGUUCAUGCAAUGAUCCAGUCUGACCAUUGAUCAUGCUGGUUAGAAGAAGUGUGCAGAGAAGCAGUUUCCACACAAGAGCACUGGUGUAAUGUGAAACUGUUUUUGUGUGUGCGUGUGCGUGUGCGUGUGCGUGUGUGUGUGUGUGUGUGUGUGUGUGUGUGUGUGUGUGUGUGUGUGCUCCAUAUAAGAAGCACAACUCGUAUUAGUUUACUACAUGGGUACUUUGGGGAAAAAAAAAAAAAAACCUAAACAAAAUGAACAAAGAAACAGCUUUGUACCUCCUGAUUAUUUAGUCUGUAUUUGACAAACAGCACAUGAUGCAUUGAACUUGUCGAAAUGUGAUUUCAUUAAGCUUGUAGAAGAAUCUAGCACCUGUAGGAUGCAAUUUAACCAUGUUUUAUGAUAAACCUUUUAAAGGAAGGAGGCGUUUAUGAUUACGAGUACUAUUUCUUUAUGGUCAGAAUGCUAAUUCGCCGAUUAUAUUGCCCCAUUUACAAGUUUCACUGUGAUUUCAGCACGAUCAGCUAUAUUUCAUCAUUCCACCGACUUAUUUCACUAUCUGGCAGUUCGGACCUCAGCAGCCACAUGCAAGCCUCUUUGAAUUAGCAAUAUGUUUGUAGUCGGCAGAAGUUAUUUAUUUAGCAAGACAUGACGUGUGAUAAUGGUUGUAAGCCUGAGAACCACACUUGCACAGAGCACAAAAAUGCUCGUACUAAAUAGCACAAUUUCAGGGGUGUCCAAAGUGCAGCCCAGGGGCCAUUUGUGGCCCGUAGCUGUUUUUUUUAUUGGCCCGCGGCACAUUCUAAAUAUACAAUUUAACAAGAAAACAAAAAAAACCCUGAAAAAUCAGCAAUAAUUUUACAAGAAUAAAGUCAAAAUAUAACGGUUCUAAUUUUAAGAGAAUAGCGUCGUAAUUUUGUGAGUAAAAAUAACGUCAUUUUAGUUUGAAAUAUUAAUAUCGAAAUAAUAUUUUUUUUAAGUUGUAAUAUUAUGAGAAACAAGCUAAAUGAAUGAAGUUGGAAUUUUUUCAAAAUUUGAUUGCUAAAAAAGUUACAAUGUUACGAGAAUAAAGUCACAUUAAGAGAAACAAACAAAGUUGUCAUUUUUUGGGAAAUUAGGUUGGGGAAAAGUUAUGAUAUUAUGGGAAUAAAGUCAAAAUAUGGGAAUAAAAUCAUAAUAUUACGAAAAGAAAAUCUAUGGAGAUUAUUCAAGAAAAAACCCCCAGCAGAAAUGGAAAAAACUGCUUUAAUUUUAUGAGCAUAAAGUCCAAAUAUUUAGAGAAACAAGUCAUAUUCUAAGAAGAACAAAAGCUUUAUGAGAACAAACUCAUAAUAUUAUGAGGAAAAUGUUUAGUAGCAUACCGUUGAAAUAUUAAAGAAAAAAAUACUUUAUUUUGAAAAGUCAUAUUAUGAGAAACAAACACAACGAAAUAAAGCCAUGUUUUGGAAAAUUAGGUUGGGGAAAACGUUGUAAUAUUAUGGGAAAUGAAGUCAUAUUAUUACGAAAAUUACAUUAACCAAAAGUGUUUUUAAGAAGAAAGUUAAAAUAUUUGUAAACUGAAAUUUUAAAAAUCAGCAAAAAUUGAGAAAAGACCGAAGUUUGUACUAAUAAAACACUUCUUUCCAUCUAUAUUACAAAGAUGAGAUGCAGGUUUUUCUUGAAAUAUCUCGAACGUCUUAGCAUAUCUACAUCUGUUGGUGUACAAAAUAUCAAAGUGGCCCUCGGUGGGUAAAAGUUUGGACACCCCUGUACUAUUUCAUUUCCAAGAUACACACGAAAAUCCAUUUUUCCUCCUUAUUUCUACUUGUGACAUUUCUUAGAGUUCCUGAUUGCUGACAUGCAACAAAUUUGGAUGGGAAUCCUUCUGCACGUAUUAUUUUGUAGGUUUUACCGUUCUUGUGCAUCAAAGGUGAAAUCCGUCCAAGCUGGUAUUUUUACCAUCUGUGAAACUGCUUUGUUUGACCACUUAUAGUACGGUACUUAUUUUUUGGUGCUUGUUACACUCUGGAGUAAGUCCUUGAAGUAUCUCAACAACAGAACACAGAACCAAAGAAGUGUUAUCACCUAAACUGGAAUUAGCACAUCACCUUCUCCUAAAUUACCUUCUUUUGACUGCAUUUUACUUGACCUUUUACAUAAAUGCUUCAGUUAGCUCGUAACAGUAUUGAUAGAUUUUUUUAAAAUGGCAAACUGCGAAAACUGGUAAUGGCUUUUUCGAGGCCACAGCCCAGAGUGAAUUGAAAGUUGGGUUUAUAUGAAAGAUUGAGCUUAUAUUUGUAAAGAAGUCUUGAAGCAUUAAAAUUCAGCCAUGCUUUGACACA